AUGAUACAGGAUUUCCUCCUUCAGGUGUCCAAUCUCCCAGGCAGGCUCUACAUUAUUAACAACAGGAGUGAUAGGGAUCUAUUACAGCUAAGAGCAGGGCUUUUCUUGGUAAGUGUGACUAUCUAGGUUCUGGCAGGUGUGAAGAUCGAGAGCCUCCAGAGUUAUCCACAGAUGAAAGCUGACUGCAAGGUGUGUGCUGCAAAUUUUACUUAUUUACGUCAAUAAUUAUUAUAUGUAUCAAUACGGUAGGUCAGGUGCAACAAAAAUAAUUUAUUGUAACUUGCCAUCCUAAUUUAAAGGAAUCCUAAAAAAUGUGUUUCUUACAUGUAAAGAUGAAAAGGUUGAGACAUCUUUCCUGUUUCCCAAAUGUAUAAUGUAAGAAUCCUGUGUGAAUAUAUGGAAUGCUGGUGAAAUAGUCCAGUUUAGAUUUUGUUUCCUAAAUAGGUAACCGAAAUGAAUUGAAAACAAAACUGCAGAUGUAAUGCCAAAAUAGCCAAUCUGGAACCAUUUCUUAACUGGAAAUAUUUUACAAUCUCCGUUAUAUUAGCCUUAAAUCGGCAGCUUAGUUUUUAGUUUGUUUAGCAAAGAAUUAUUUUUAUUUUUGUUUUUUCCAAAUGAGAGCAUGUACCAUUGAUGGCUAGCUUUGGCACUGUAUUGUAUCCUGGGGAACUGAACCUCCCCUGAGUAUCUAUCUGUGGUUAUAGUUAAUUCAGCAGCAAAGUCAUUUUAUCUUGUAAGCUUGCUUUCAGUGACAAAAACAUGCUGUGUCUAUUUCUUAGCAAAAAUCUUAUGACAGAAAACAAGAUUAAAGGGAGUGUCUAUAUCAAGACAGUUUUUAAAUGUAUUCUACAGAUAAUGCAUCAACAAUGCAACAGAUUAUACAAAAGGUAAAGUACCAGCGCUAAUAUUCUAGUAGAAUUUAUUACCACAGUUUGUGAAAAAUUACGUAACUAGCUGCUAAAACACCAUAAUCUUAUCUUUUCAUGCAAGAAUCCAAAAAAGGUCUAAUGGCGAAACGCUACAGUGGUUUAAAUUGGUAACUAUCUUUAUAUAGACACUGUGUAGUUGAAUAUACAAAUAGGGACAAUAUACCUUAAAAUGGUUCCCUACUUUGGAGUCCUAGUUUAGGUAUGGUGUCCCUUUAAAAUAUAAAAAACAUAUCAUAGUGCAGACUGUGCAAGAUUUUAUAAUUUGAAAAUAUUAAAACAAGUCACCACUAACAAUAUAUAGAGCUAACAAUAUAAGCUCAAUUGUUUCACUUUUGGGGUCCGUUGAGGCGAUCAUUUCCCUUCUUUACAGUUGGUGUCCCAAGCGUUCUUGUUCUUUAUAAAAUAGUAAGAAAGGCACAUAUGGUGCAAUAACGUGUCUUUCUUGCUAUUUUAUAUAGAACAAGAACGCUUAUGACACCAACUGUAAAGAAGGGAAAGGGUCGCCUGAACGGACCCCAAAAGCGAAACAAUUGUGCUUAUAUUGUUAGCUCUAUAUAUUGUGAGUGGUGACUUGUCUUAAUGCAACAGAUUAAUUUAGAAAUGUAAAAGAUAGAUUGCAAGAUCCACACAGUUUAGUGGGCCAAUCUACAGGUCUAGACAGAACUGAGUUAUAGUAGAAGUAGUUUAUCACCCACCUGCAGAUCCUCAUCCAAUCAUCAAUCAGGAUUAUUGAAAGUGUAUUAGAAGCUGGUAGUAUACUGUUUUGUUAUCAGUAGAGCUGCCCACCAAAAAGACAGAGCCUUCCCUAUUGUACAUGUGAUGGGUGCACACACUGCACCCAAAAAUGGACAAAAUCACUAAGCGGCAACUCUAAAUAUAACUUGUUCCCAGCUGCCUGAUCGAUUAUCUUGAUGAACACUCUUAGAAAAGGAACAAUAUUUUCAAAUCUUAGAAAUUAGAGUAACCUCAGGGUUCUCUAAGCACCACAUUGUAGUAGUGCAAAGUGGUUAUAGUGCUUGGAUCUCUUAUUCAAAUAUUUUAAAUGAUUUAAAUUCAGUCUUGGAAUAAUUUGGGGAUAUCGCUUACAACUCAUUGAUUCUGAUGUAAAUGUUUCAGUUUUGAUUUCAGAUUACUGUUUAGUGAAUGGAAUCUCCUUGAAAAUUAAAGGAGGACAUUAAUUAUUUCUUAAUGUUUAAGAUAUACCUACAUAUAAAUGAAUAUCACUUUUAAGUGCACAUCCUGGCUUUAGUUUUGUAGUCGAAAGCAACAAAGCUAGUAAUAAAGAGCUGGUGUGUAUUCGCAAAUCCUGAAUUCAUUCACUAGUGCAGGGCAUCUCAAUAAGCAAUCUUUGAUAGGUCUGACCUUGAAACUGUGCACAGUAGCACAUAAAUGCUGCUUCUGAUCAAAGAGGGCUGACGAUGGCUGCAACAGGAUAAACCUGGUGAUGCAAUAAAAAUAGUUAUUAACUUCUACAUAUAUAGUGCAAACUUAUGCUCUGUAUGGCUAUAUUACGUGUAAUCAUUUAUUUUAAAUGAUAAUAAAAUAUUACCGUUUUCCUUUAAUCACCAGAAUAAAACUGUAGCCAAAUUUUAGUUUUCUGUUAUAUAGAUAUGGACAGCUAUAUCAAAGCCAGAUAAAGAUUGCCCCAUCAUGGAGCGCUGGCCUCUGUUCUUUAAACCUGUGACAGCUGUGUGUCGUGUGUGGUGGCUGAAUGUUGUAUAUGAGUAUAUGGGUAAUCCAGCUCUGACCUAUAUGCCUUUUACUGUACAUAAUUAUCAAAGACAUGUAUAAGAUUUAUUGUUUGCAAAUUAUCAGGACUAUUCACUAAAGUUACAAUUCAAAGGGAAGUUCAAAUGUAAGGCCAGAGUAGCUGUACUAAAAGCAUAACUAACUUAGAGAAUAUUUCCAGUUUGGCUAAUUUGACCUUAAAUUUUAAAUUCCCUUUGAAUUCUCACUUAAGUAAAUAACCAUUUAUAUCACAGCCUGUCAAGGCACAGACUUGCAUAUGAUGAAUAUGACAAUAAUUACCUUGAUGCUGUGUGCACAGACUCGCAACAUGUGCACACAUAUGACAUUAAUGUGACCAUGUGACAUACAUGCACACAUAUGACAUUAAUGAUGAAGAUGCAUGCGUAUAUGCAUAUGUCCACUACUUUGUGGGAAGAUGGUUGGGGCAGUGCCCAGAAGUGCUGUGUUAUAUAACCUCCACUGCACUCCUCUGGGGUUAAUUUAAAUGUAACGCUCAGCAUCCCAUAGGUGAUACAUCCUCUAUAAAUUCAGAAACCUAGUUUUUUUUUUCCUUUUUUAGGGGUCAGUCAGUUAUAGUGAGCUAACCGCAACAUUUGUUCAUGGGUAGCAUUGGUUCCAAAAUUUCAAAGUUGGAAAUGUAUCUCCAAAUCAACAGAAUUAGAAAAUCUUCAUAAUAAACCUGAAUAUGAAUAAUGCAGAAGGAAAAUACUACCAGGAUUAUAUUAGAAAGAUAUUUAACAUAGUGCAGUACUAACCAUUUUCAUCUUUCUCUUCCAGUGGGAUAUAUAAUAUCUGGCUUGUAAACAGGCCCUUGGUUUCUCCUGUUCAGAUGGAGAUGGUUUCAUUCCUCCUUCUCAUUGAACUUUUAACAGGUAUUUACUGACAAUUCCCCCUUAACUACAAUUACAGAGUUAUUAGUGAUUAUGCAAAUUACCUAUUUCCUUUUUUUUAGUUUCUUUCAGCUAUUCUGAGUCUUCCUCUACAGCUCCACCAGUGACUUACUUAAAGCCGAUGUGGCCUCCUCGUCAUGCUCAAGACUUGGUGCAAAUCAUUGGAGGGAUAGACCCCCUAUGUUCUGGAACUACUAAACCAUACGUUCCGUGGAGAGGUCUAGGCAGAUGGAGACAGCUUAUUAGCUCUUUGUCCCAGCUACUGUUCGACGUUGACUACAGAAACUGGCUCCUAAGUGUUCUAAACGAUGUUAUACCAGCAGGUGGCACCCAAGGUAAGCUGAGCCUGUGAGAUAUAUCUGAAGAUGCGCAUUGAAAGGUUGAAUAAUAUGAUAACUGAAUGGCAGCUCUCUUACUGAUGUCUAUGAAAAAAAAUACUAUUCAUUUAGCAAUAAUAAUCAUACUGCUCAUAGUAUCUAGAGAGGGAGAGAAGAUGAAUAUGGGAGUGCACCAGAUAGACAGUGCAGUAAGCCGUGCAUAGCUGGAUUAAAUGUCUGUAAUGAAUUUUAAGAAAGUUGUGGUUAGAAAUGCACAUUAUGAUGAGAAAUCAAGAUCUGUACUGGUUGUAAUUACAUUUGAUGUUUGAUCAUACAAGCAUUGAAACUAUGUAAAGUGACCAGAAUUUGAAAGAUAUUUAAUGAGCAAGUUUGGGUUUAAGCGAGUAACACUCUACAAUAACUGGUCUCUAACAUCUUACGUUUCUCUCCAAUUAGGGGAUCUAAAGCAUCUUCUUUUAUGGUAAGUAUUUUGAGCUGAGCCUAUAUAAAAGAACUGAAAUUCUUUGUGUACACCAGUGCUAUUGCAAUGCAUAAUGCCUAAUCACAUUGCUAAACCUUCUAUUAUACCAUGUAAACUGUCCCUAUAGUUAGUCCUUCUGGGCACAGUAGAGGAUAUGCUAAGCCUUUUGGCUCCAUAUUUGCUGUUUACCUUGCACUUUCAUUGGAGGGAGCAUGGCUCAAAAUUUCCACUUGCUACUAGCCUUUGGCAAGUGAAAAAUGUAGCCCUGGUGAGUAGGCAUUCACAGCUGGUGCAUGUGUCAUGAGCUCUUUAGACUGGCGGUGGUGAGUAACUUUUAGGAUUGUCUUGUAGUGUAGAUCUUGCAGUUUUAAACCAUGCAUUAAUAUUUGCCUCAUGUCUCAUUUUAGGGGAGUUUCGCACAAUUUGAACUGGGAUUUCCUGAACUUGCUCCUGGUCGGACAUCCAUUGCAGCAAUCUCAGGUUCUUGGUGUUUCCCUCAAACCUGACCGUUUUGUGUUUCUCCAGUCAUGUGUUGAUCGGUUGCUCCCUGCAUUCAGGAAAGCUUGUAGAGCUCUGUAGCAUACUUCAGUCUCACUUCUACUUAUCAGACCACUGAGAUGGACAGUCAAGUCUGUGGAUCUCUCUCUUCUCUACUUUUUGAUCUUCUAGCCGACCCAUGUAAUGUCCCUAAUGGAGGAACUGUUCGUAUGCGUCCCAUAAGGUCACUGGCCGUAAGCUGUGAUUACACAAUGUGGACCAAUUCUAGUGAGGUAUCUGCUAACGAUGUAUCCACCUGCAGCGAGAGUGACAAGGAUGGGUUUAUCCAGUCUGUCUGUGAAAACCAGGCGCUCUUAACUCGAUUGUCCUCUCAGGCAGAAAAUAACUGGCUAAUGGGGUUCUGUGAAUACAAUACUAACCCAGAUAGCAUAUGCCACUAUACUUCCUGGAUAAACAGGCCUGUCUCGGCCGUUUCAGUUGCAUAUUGCUGGCUGCACGACCAGGAUCAACUUGUACAAUUUCUUUGUUCAAAUAUAAUUUUCUUGGAGCAGUUAAUGCAGAAUCCUGAUAAUCAGUGGCUUGACCCAAUGUGUGAAAUUGAACCCACAGUCACCCAAAUUACCCCUUCUAUUUUAGAGCAGCUCUGCAAUUAUGGACAGUGGCAGCUUAACCUAGUUGUCCCUUCAUCGUUGGCCUUCUGUGCCGAAAAUGACUUGGGAGACUUCACAAACUUUGCAUGCCAGUCUUCUGAUAACUUGCGGCAACUGUUAAACUCUGAGUCCAACUCCUGGAUUGCUAUACUCUGUGACAGUGUCAGUUCUGAAGCUAUGGCCGUUAUAAAGAACUGCAAUUACCCAACCUGGCUUGAGGUAUCUGACAUGGAUUAUUUGGUAUUGACCAGUAAGGUGACUCCAUCCAUAGUUCUAAACUGCAGUCAUAUAGAUGAAGAACAGUUUACUGCCUCUGUGUGCAAAAAUAUCAGCCUGCUACUCAUAGUGACUAAGAACACAGAGAACAGGUGGGUAAGAGAAUUCUGUGCUGGCCAGCUGGCCUUGUCCAAGGGCAUUUGCAACUACACUGCAUGGCACCUAGCUAUACCUAACCAAGAAACUGUGGAUCUAUGCUGGUUCUUUGAUCAGGAGCAACUAAAGUCAUAUCUCUGCAGCAAUAAUAUUAUUCUCCAGAUGGAGAAUUAUAGUAUCCCAUCAAAUUUGAACUGCACCACAAAUACUACUAAAGCACCGUUCUGCAGCAAUAGCAGUUUAGGGGAUAUAGCUGCUUCUAGCGUUCCUGUAUUACUGUACUGUGCUGUCCAGGAUGCUUGCAGUUUUCAGCAAUUUGUCUGUAAUAAUUCCACAUUCAUGUCACAACUAAUCAAUAACAUUGAGAACAGCUGGAUCUUCACUUUCUGCUCGGCAGGGAACAACAACCUUGAUAUCUCUAACAACUGUUCAGGGUGGACGUCACGUUUUCUUUCUUCCUCCUGUCCAAAUUGUAGCAAAACUGGCCAAGACACAGUGGUCCUUUCCAUCUGUAGUGACUUUAAUCUUGUCCAAAGUCUCUCUAAUGAUACUAAAUACUUGACCCGGUUAAUUGUAAAUAUAAUCUGCAAGUAUUCAUCAUGGGGUUCAACACGUCCCUCCCUGUUCUUAAUGUCAUAUUGUUGGACCUUCGACUCGUUAAACCUUGCUGAUUAUUUUUGCAAUAAACAAGACAUUUACCAGGAAAUUUCAACAGACUCAACAUUGAGUCAGAUUCCAUUAACUUGCCACUCAGACACAAAAUGUAGAUAUGCAGAAUGGAGCCAUGGAGGACAGAUGUGGUUAGGCCCUGUUAAUGUGUCCACGGUGAUUUUCUGUAUUAAAGAAGAUUCAAUAAAUUUUUUGGCAGCUGUGUGCAAUAAUCCAUGGAUUCUGCGUGAGAUCCAUAAUGUUUCAGCUAUCACUUGGACACUUAGCUUUUGUUACAAUGUAUCUAGCUCUAUAGUCUUAUCUCAAGUUCUCACAUGGAAUGUCUGCAAUUACUCACAUGUCCCUGACUUUGCUUUACUUCUCUGUUGGCAGUAUGACCAAGCAAAUUUCUUCAGUAAUGUUUGUGCUGAUUCCUCUUUUCAUCAUCUUAUUAAAACACACCCCAAAUAUGUAUGGAUAGAAUUGGUUUGCCUACCCUCCCUUCCCUCUGUUGGCCAGAAUUACUCAAUGAUCCAGUGUCAAUAUGAGAAAUGGGAUCCAUCUCAAGUGGACAUUUCUUUGUUAAGGUUUUGUGCUAUUAACGACCUUCAGACCCUAAAUAACAUCUUCUGCAAUCAUACUUCCGAUUUUACGCAACAAAACAGUACCAUACUCAGUUCUUUUUGUGUGUCAGGACACAAACCAUGCUCUUACCAAAGUUGGCAGGGAACGUACGUUCACCCAAUUGUAGUGAAGUUUUGCUGGAUUUCUGAUCAACUGACAUUUUUAUCAGGAGUUUGUGAACAGUCAGAUCUCAUGGCAUUAUUACUACAAGAUCCUAAAAACUCCUGGCUCAUUAUUGUGUGUGGGGUAGAUGGAGACAAUAUAGAGGAGCUGGUGAAAGUGGUGUGCAGAUAUGAAGAAUGGCCAUCACUGGAUGCAGUUCCAUCUCCCAUGUUAGCAUUUUGUCAAACCUAUAACCAAGAUAGCUAUCAACACAGCAUUUGCAGCAGCCAGGAUAAUGGUACCUGCAAUCAUUCUGGUGGAUUAUGGUGGGAUCAAGAUAUUGUAUGCAACUACUCCAGUUGGUGGACUGGAACCAUAGAUGCUGAUAACAUUAUCAUGUGCUGGAUCUUUGAUAGAGUUAAUUUUACUACCUAUGUAUGUGCACAGUUGAACCUGAUAUAUAAGCUUUCUAAUGAUCCUACCACUGCAUGGGUUGUGGAGAUUUGCUCACUUAAUUCUUCAAUUAAUGACACAAUGCCAUGUUUAUCGGAAGCAGACAAAACACAGUUACAAUGGCAAUGUGAUGCUAAUCUCAGCACAGUGUGUCCUGGACAAGGUCUUACCAUUUUAAAUUGCCUCCAGCUCAGUCUGUGUUCUCUACAGAAUGCAGGCCACUCUCUGGACAUUCCUAGUGCCUCAAUGCUAUAUACAAAGUCUGUAGACCUCAGCGUUAUUUUUCUUCUUCUGCUAGAAGAGAUGGGAAUGGUGAACAUCUCCAGGCCCGAGAUGCUGAGGACAAAUACUUUGAGUGUUAUAAAUAAUCUCCUACGCCUUCAACAUUUUGGAAAUGAUCAGAAGACAGAGCUUCUACAGACGUAUGGGGUAUGUUCAUAGUCUGUGAAUUAUUUUUUAUCUACAGUGUUAUUUCUAAGACCCCCUGAUAAAUGUUAGUUCUUAGGACCCACAAAGAAAAUUUUAUGGGCAAAAAACAAAAUACAAAAAAACAGGGAAAAAAAGGGCAGUAAUGUUAGAAGCAGCUUUGAUACCUGUAACUGACUUGUUUGUUUAAAGUGUCAGAUGUAUAUUCAUCGGAAUUAAAAAUUAAUUAGCUAGAAUGCAAGCACUGGUAACUAUGAAAUACAUUUCCAGCAAAGAAGGAACAGAGCUUUCGUAAAACUACAUUCAUCAUAUUACUAGUAAUAAUUUUAAUAUGUGCACCUGAUUUACUCUGUUCUAGUAGGAGGCACAUUGACUGGUGAACCUACAGAAACCUGCAUUAUUUGCUCACUGGACUCAUAAGCAGACAUUGCAAAAUAGUAAAACAAACUGUGAUCAGCAGUAUUAACCUGGAAUAACCCAGAGAUGUAGGGGAUAUUUAUCAAAGUGUAGCUGACAACUUCAUGUCUACAUUUUGUUGUUUUUUUUUGGUGCAGUUUUGUUUAUCUGUCAGAUUUAUUUGUACAUUUUUGCUUUUUUAACCCUUAACGACAAUUUUUAUCACGUACCUUUUUUUUUCUGUGAUGCAAUGCCACGUUUUACGACAAAAAAAAUGUUUUAUGUCUCUAUUUUAAAGCCACUCUGAAUGUAGUGGUCUUCUCAUAUAAACAUUUCUGUGAAAACUAUACAAUCAUCAAAAAAUAUACAUUAUAAGUCACUUUAGUCAAUUUUAGUAAACACCUUUUUUAGUAAAUACAAUAAAAUAAUGGCAGAGUUUAACUGUCACUUUUCAGAAUACUUUCAGUAUAUCUCCCAUAGUCUUUUCAAAUUCCUUCACCACAUAGGACGUGAGUUAAAGGUUGAAAAAAAAAAUGCAGGUCUGCAACCAUUUUAAUAUGAAUCCUCUUGCUGCAUUUUUAUUUAUUUAAAUUUUGGGGUAUAUUGGAGCUCUUUCUUUCUCCCCAGGAAUUGUGCUAAUUACAUAUCCUUCUCCAUACGUUUGGCAUUCAGAUUGUCUAAAAUGUUCUUAUAUACAUUCUUUAAAUAUAUAAAGUGUCAAGUGCAAAUUAAUUCAUUUUAUUUUAAUUAAUUUGCAACUAACCAACAAGAAAAUCCACAAGUACAUUGUUACAUUGGGUAGUAAUCUGGAAGGGCUAAAAUCCACUUGAAGGUGUCUUAAACAAUAAGUGUUGUGAAUGAUUGGAUAUUUCCCUCUAAAUACCCAAGAUUGGCUGGGCUACUUUCUGACUUUUUCCAGAGAUGAGAAAAAGGCAAUCUAGGCUCAGCCGAGCAACAAACAAUAUUUUUGACUUAGUAAAAAAAAAAACCACAGUGAAUCUCCCAAUCCAUCAGGGUGUUUUUUUUUGGUGCUUGACAGGUUAGAAGUUUCCCAGGCAACCUGGCACACACCAAUUAAAACCUACUUGACAAUAAUAAUCCCGGCACAUAACAGGGAAUCUAAAACUUCAAGACUUAUGUUUUCCAGUUUCAUUCAUCUAUCUGAUAUAAGUGUACAAGGUCAUCAUCAUCUUAUGUGUUUUAACCAUCUGAGUGCAAUCAAACAUAAAAAAAUAUAAUAAUAAAUAAAGUGAUGUGCAUAUGUGUAUAGUUUCAGAUAUUUAUAUUGUAUAUAUUUGAAAAUGCACAAAUUUGCACUCCAUACAUAUUUUAAGUACGUCACUUUAUUUGUUAUUUUAUUUUUUUCUCUUGGUAUUUAAUGGUAUGGACACGGUGUGUCCAUAAAUUUGCAAAGAAAAUCCAUACAAGGUUAUUUACUGAAGUGAAAAUUCCAUGUGAUUUCAAAGUGAAUUUUAAAUAUAAGGCAAGAGUUGCCAAACUGAAAUCGUAGCUGACUUAAAGAAUGUUUCCAUUUUGGCUAUUUUCACAUUAAAUUUGACAUUCACUUUUAUAUCUCACUUUGGUAUAUAAAUAACUCUAUUAUUGGUACUGGAAAUACUUUUGGCACUUCAUACAAUAUUUCAAGAGCCUCAUACUUUAUUAGUUCCAUUUGUUGAACUAAACAUAGACCUGUGACCAUUGUAUGAGAUUCAGAUGGACUGAACCAUGCAAAUUUCAUAUACUUUUAUAUGUAACUGGGCUUUUAUUCUUCUGAGCAGUAAACAAAUGGGAUGAUUAUUGCAAGUAAGCCCUGUGAAGUCCAUAUCUUCUAUUGUCAGGGAUUCACAAAAAGCAUGUAUUGAAUGUAUAUACCACAAAAGAAGCUCAAGGCAUAUCACGGGGAAGCUGUACAAGCGUUAUACUCUAUAUACUAAGAAUGGACAUAGUCUUUAUAAAUCCCGGGCAUCUGCUUUCAACCAAGUCUGAGAACCCAUGUUGAUUGCCUGAGAUUUAUGACAGUGAAAAGCCAUAACGAUCCAAACCUGACAUAUGUAGAGAUUUGAAUGUAGAUAUUGAUCCCACUUAAUCUGUAAGUAUUUCUUUACAGACUACCCUACUGCAGAUUGCAGGGGAGCAAGCUUCACUGGAUUCCUGGCUGCUCAUUCAGGUAAAAAUGUAAUACUGAGAAUGUAAUGCAUCAUGUUACCCUGCCAUCUGAUAUCACUCUUUUUCUAAUGUUUUUCUAAUGUUUCAGGAAUUUUUCACACUGCCUCUAUCAAACAUGACCAUUUCCAUUUCCAGACUCAGCCCUGAGGCUGCCAAGAGCUUCCUCAACAUCUUGGUCCAGAACUGGACAAUCUUUAAGGUACCUGGUUCAACAUAAAAUACUUAUAUGCUGUAAAUGUGUUAUCAUGGAACAUAUGAUUUGCAGGAGAAAGAGACACUGAUUGUCCUUUUCUGCUCAAAGCCUUGUACAUUGAGUUAAAUUGCUUCAAUACAGUGUGGUAUCUCAAGCUCCUUCUUAGAUAAUUCUAGGUUCUGCUGAAGAGGGCUCUCUUCAGCAGAGGAUUUCAACACACUAUCAGUGUGUUCCUCUCAGAGUUCUUGACUUCAAAUCUGUUUGGCAUUUAAUUGAAAUGUUACAUUUUCCCUCUUGUGCCUAUUCUCACUCCUGCUGUUACCACUUCUUGCUUUGAACUCUCUCAGUUUUAGUUUUUUUGACUCCUAAUUCUCAACCUCACUCUGUUCUUCCCCGCAGGUACCUGAUGAAUAUUUGUCAUCUUUGGUGUCAACAAUGCUAAAGGCUCAGGUAACGGCUAAUCCUGAACUCUUCGCUGAUCUUGUUCCAGUUUUAAGUUACCUGGAUCCCAUUGAGAUGAUCAGACACCUCCCCCCCAUGCAAGACGACAAGGAGGUGUAUGUGUGUCUAUACUACAUUCAGUCCUCUCCCUCUCUCUUAAACUCGUUGAUUAAUAUUGGAAGUGCGUCUAGCUACAGUCAUACUUUCCAACAUGUGUAAAUGUGACAUUGUAAUGUAGAAAUCUUGUAUUUCAAUUAGGACAUGACAAGCAGCCAGCGUGUUCUGUAUGUGAGCAUAACGCUCCAUGUUCACUAUCACACUGAUACAGACAUACACACAAUAUAUAGCACAGCUGGAUUCCACCUCAAGACAUGUAAUACUUGGCUUAUUACAUUUACCACAUUUAUUUUAUGUAAUCCAUAAUAAUGAUUUGAUUGCCAUUUGCUGUUAAUAUAUCAUGUAUAAUGUUGUUUUGCACAGAUCUUCCAUUUUCUUUUCUGACUCAGACCAUGCUCUGUUUUAGCCAUGUCUUGUGCCGGGGUAGGCAACCUUCGGCACUCUACAUGUUGUGGACUACAGCAUUAUGGCUGCGAAAGCAUUAUGGGAGAUGUAGUCCACAAUAUUUGGAGUGCCAAAGGUUGCCUACCCCUGCCCUAUGCUAAUGCUAAUUUAGGAUUCCCAAUCUCUCUUGUGUUUAGUCUCCAGGCCAUUGGAAGUGUGUCUGGCUUCUUCUCCGUUGAUCACAGGCUGGCUCUCGGUAUAUGGCUACGUAGAUCUCAUGUGUUUAGUAACAUCUCCAACCUUUCAGAUUCAUUCAUACAAAAGGUUGGAGACCUCCUUCCACUGCUCCCACUUACUGUGUUCCAGCAGCUGAGCACAUGGCAGGUAAUAGUGAGUGCAUGUUUGGUGCAGAGCACAGUGGUGAUGAGAAUGGACAUUUGUUGAAAGACUGAGAGGGUCACAGCGAGAGGUAUAUUUCUGAUAUGUGCAUAUUUACUGAGUUUAUAUCUGUUCAGUAAGGAAGUUCAGCUAGGUGACUCGUGUUAAAAUGUAUAAAGUGUGUAUGUUGGUAUAUAGAAAGUAAAACAGUGUGACUUCAGGGCCUAAGGCCACAGGCACAAAGUGUUCUAUAACUAUUACACAGCACAAUGCUAGGUGACACACAACGACAAUUCUUUAAUUGAAUGUAGAUUGACAUAAUCCUAAAGACUGUGGAAUUUUGAGUUUAGCAUUCCUGAUCUAGCUGUAGAGAUAGCUGUACUGUUUGUACGUACAUUCUAACACUCACUAACAAUGCUAAUACCAUCUUACCUUCUGUUUUUCUCUCUAUGAAAUCCCAUGCUUAUCAGCAUUUCACCCUGUAAUCCUGGUAUCUGACAUAUCCCUGUUCUGACUACGUUUCUAUCACCAGCCCAUGUAUUCUUCUCUUUAUUGCUUCCAUCCCUGCUUUUCUCUCUUUCUUCACCAUUCUAGCUCUGUCCUUGCUUGGGUAAAUAAAGGGAUAAAAAGCUUUUAUUUACUUACCUGGUCCCAGAGCUGAUGUCCUUUGGCACUGGGUCACGACUCCUCCUUUGAAUGCCCAUGAUGAGCGGGCGCUAUUGUGCAUGCGUGGGAAAUGCCACGCUGGCCUUAUACCUCUAAAUCUGACGCUGGAGGUCCUCAUGCAUAGCAUGAGGAGGUCCAGCGUCAGAUAUCGGACCAAAAGUCUUAGAGCUGCAAUGUAAACAUUGUAGUUUCUCUGAAACUGCUCUGUUUAACAUUGCAGCACUAAGUGCAAAAGAGACACUGCACCCAGAUCACUUUAAUGAGCUUAAGUGGUCAAGGUGCCUGCAGUGUCCCUUAAUGAUAUUGGUGUAUGACUACUUAGUUCCCUCUUUCUUUGUUAGGGUCCUUUCUUUCUCUACAUUUGUCCUUGAUCUUCCUAUACCUGGAUCACGCCAUUGUUUUGUUUUCAAAAUUCUUCCUAUGUAUUUUUCUAAUUCCCUAUUUGCAUUUACUUUGUAUCAGGUCAUGCUUAUUCUCCCCUCACUCCCUGUGGAUUUAUCUCCAUCCUAUCAAAGGGUUGUUGCCAACAGAGUGCUUCAGGAGUCAAAUAUAACAGCGAAGGAUCUGGAGUUGUAAGUGGGAUCUUUGAAUCAAACAGGGUGACACAAUGACAUGCUUCACCUUAGCCUUGCUGUUUGUUGCUAUGUGACGCUGAGGUGACAUGGAAAUUCUUUAUUCUCAGAAUGGGAGCUUGUGUGUGUCAGGCUAAUGUGCAGGACCUCACACAGCACAACUGGGAUUUGGAGACCUUCUCGGUGCUGAAAAGAAAUCUCUUACAGUGUGUGAAAAGUGGUGACCUUUAUCCAAAUGCCAAGGUACAGUUUGAAAGAAUAGCGGUGCAGUGGUGCGAGUAGAGAGGAGACAUGGAGCAGGGCUUCAAAGAGCAGCAAUUAUACGCAAUUGUAGGAGACCAGGAAACAUUAUCACGGAAAAGAAAUUAAGGAGCAUAUGUUAGGUGGACUGGUCCUGGUCAUGAUUACUAAAGAUAAUGAUGCUGCAUCUUCUCUCUUAAAGGGACAAUCAAAUCAUCAUAACAGCUUAUGUCCCAUUGUGCACAAUUCAUUCUAACAGCAUUGAUUUGUAAUAUUUGCUUAAGCUAUCAGAAGAAGAAGCUAUACUUCCUUCUAAGCCUGUAUAAAUAUUUGUUUAGCAUACAAUCGCCCAGUGCUGCUGUAGGUUUAAAUCCACCUCUGGUAUUGUCAGAAUGUAUUGAUAAUGUCCCCUGAUUUAAAGUCGAUUCAUUUAGAAACAGUCUGAUGUAAUCAGGGAAGAGACACAGUUUAUAUUACAUCAUCCCAAAAUAGUUGGCAUUAUAUUAGGGAAUGGUGCCAAGACACUACAGUGAACUGCACAUAUUUUUAAUGUGUUGUCAUUAUAGAGGAAAUUUCUAGCCUGGAUUGUAUUCCAGGAUGUUGCUAGAUGGUUACACCAAGCAACAUUUAAAACAACUUUUCCAGCAACUUAGCUUGAUUCCAUGCAAGGAAUUUAAAGGACAAGAGCCUAAAUGGGCUGACUGUUUGAAUACUGCCAUAGGACUAGGUGAAUAUUAGGUCUCCAUGGAGAAUACAAACUGUCACUAGAGAUAAUAGGAUUGUUGAAGUUUUGGGGAAGACAAUGAUUGAUUGAUUGAUUGAUUGAUCAAUCGAUUGCAAAAAAUAAAUAGAAGAGAUAUAAGCACAGUAAGUGAGUUUGUAAGAAAGAUAAAGACUAGAGAAUGAUUUUGGCAUUAAAAUGGGGAAUGAUGGAGAAUAAAACAUAGAGAAUAUGUCAGUAGUUGUGGUUCUGGAAUGUUUGUUUCCAUUACUGAUUUUCUUUCAUUUCUGCAGAUGCUGGACUUCUUGUCUGGUGACGUGCCGUGGCGGGAGGCCUUGUCUCUCAGUUGGCAGUCACUUGCUGAUUUGUCACCUCUAUUGCCAGCUUUUGGAUAUGCCUACCUGCAAACCCUGCACCAAGAGCAGCUGUUACCUGCAUUAUCUGAGAUAGGCACUGUAACAUUGACACCAGCACAGGUAUGGACCCAUUGUACUUAUAUAAUCCAAUAUUGAGCCAACAAGGGGAGGAAUAAGCUUUCUGAAUGUGCAAUCACUGUUCGCCCACUAGCAAUUUAUGGAGGGUGUGUGUGUGUGUCUGCGUGUAUCCGUGUGUGUGUGUGUGCCAAGGCAGAGAAGACAUUUAUUUGGAUGAGCAGGAAACAACCGCCCUCUGCAAUAAUUUGCCUGAAUAACUUUUGUCUGUGUUUUGCUUCAGUUUAUUUUCUUUUUUUUUUCAAUGUCUUAAAUUUUUAUUGAGUUGUUUUUUCGUUUUCUUAUCACAAUCAUCAGAUCAGAAAAACACAAGGGGGGAUGGGAGGGUACAGAAAACAAAAAGGAAGGGGAUGCGGGUAAUAUAUAGAUCCAUACAGGUUACUUGACAACGCAGGUCAGAUAUUACAGUUCAAAUUCAAAGUACACCUUCAGAGUACAAAAUUCAAAGUACAAAUGCACACAUGAGAUACAAUUAUUGCAAGUAUAGUAGCGUAGGGGAUAGGCAGCAUAGGUUAGUUAGGGGAUCCUUCGAGUGGUGCCUAGGUCAUGAUGGUUGAGGCUUUGGAAAACUUUAUUCCAUAUCGACAUGCACUGCCAAUGUCAAUUGUUAGGUAGGGGUGUGUUUGCUGGCCUAAAGAGCUAAAGCCAAACAAAUACCCUAACCAUAUUUAAUACGGUUUGUUAACAAAGCCUGAUAGAUUCCCAGUCUGGCUACUUCUAUGGGGUAUUUUAUUUACCGUCUAUGUACCUAGGCUACUAGUUACCUCUUUAUCUGGCUUGCUUUUUAA